UCAGCCAGCCAGCGGACUCAGCCAACUCCACCAGUCAGCCAACCAUUCCCAACUUGAACGGUCGUGAAUGACUCGGACUCGGCCAGGCGACCGAACGGUUGGUUAGAAAAAAACGCAGCUGAUUAUUACAUUAAACCUUAAACCGAGCCGACUGGUCAUCAAGUGCUGUGCUCGCUCAAGUAUUUAAAGCUCCUCCAUCCCUGUCUCACCCAAAACUUUCCAACCUGUUCCCAUCUCUUACAUAUCUCUCACCACCACCACCAACAACAACCAAAGUCCCCCCCCUCUUCAACCUUCAUCUACUAAAACAUCAUGUCAACCGACCAGCAAUCAGCUCUGCCCAAACCACCCAAUCUCAUCAACCCCAUCGAACCCGCAAACCCUUCUUCUCAUCCACUGGGCCCUCGUUCUCAGCCGCAACCCAACAGCAACGAUAACAGAAGCCAUCUGUCUCCCUCAGCAGACGCUUACCCAUCGCCAGUCUCUCCACAGCACAAUUCACCCUUAUCACCCUCCUCUCAACCACCAAACAGGCCACUGAUCUUCUCACAUCAAGAUCAGCAAUCUCAACCAUCAUCACCUCUACCCCCCAACCUACCCUCCUCUUCUUCAUCCCAAUCGUCUGGAUCAUCAUCCAAUUCAAAUCAACAGCAGCAACAGCAACAGCAACAGCAACAGCAACAGCAGCAACACAGUCAAACGCGACCUCGCAUCAGGACUGAUUCAUUCUUUGGGAUCGAUACGAUCGAACCCUUCCAACAAUCACCUCAGCCCGUCUCUGCUUCUCAACAACCUUACAUCAACAGUACCCCUCACUCCGAUCCACGGAUCCAACAACGACAGCCAGAUCCCAAUCAAUUCACUCAAGGCCAACCUGUCAAUCCCAACCUUCGACCUUCAUCGUUCUACGGACUUCAAGUCGAUCCCACCGCAGAACGCACCCAAGGCCAUUCUAGUCCAAACUACAGAUCAAGCGGCACCAACAGUCCAGCGUCCAGCUUACCACCCGAUUCAACCGAUCACCGCCAUCGCCAGCUCAACACCCUCUCCAUAGGUCGCACCAGUCAACGUCGCCAAUCCAGCAGACUUAGCUCGAUUCCUCAUCCUCAAGAAGGAUUUAUCCUCGAUCCCAAUAACCCAAACAGUCUCUCGGCCGGCCCCCUACUCGAUAAUAGCCACCUCAAACCUGGCAACAAGGCCAAACUCUUGAAUCAUGCCAAAACCCUUGAACUUUACCGAAACAAUGCCAAAAAAACCAACGAUCCCGAGGUCAUGUUUGAGUUUGGAUGUUUCUUGAUGGACUUGGUCAAAGAGAUGAACUAUGAGGAUGAUGAGGACUACAAAUCUGCCGAUGGUCAAACUGAUUCCCUCGAUGGUCAGAGACGAAGGUCUACUUUAGAUCCUUCUCCCAAAUCCUCAUCACCCGGAUGCCCCAGCACUGACAGAGAGAAGGAGAAGGCUUCACUUACCCAGGAGGCGUUAUUCUUGCUCCAAAAAUUAUCCAAUCGUGGGCAUGUCCAGUCACAAUUCUUAUUGGCCGAUUGUUAUACCAAAGCGAUCGGAACUGGUGGUGGUGUAUCGUCUGUUGGUCUUCAGCAGCUUGGCAGCGGCGGACCUGGAUCGGAUAUAUCCAGUCCCAUGACGCGAAAGGGCUCGAAACAAGACUAUGAACGCGCGUUCCCCCUGUUCGUCUUGGCUGCUAAACACGGCCAUGUUGAGGCCAUGUAUCGUGCUGGACAGUGCUGCGAGUUUGGUUGGGGAACUCGUAAAGAAAGAGAUAAGGCUCUACAAUUCUAUCGAAAAGCCGCGAUAGCUCAACACCCAUUGGCAAUGUAUCGUCUUGGCCUGGCUGAUCUGAACGGCGAUCUAGGUCAGCCAAGGAAGCCAAAAGAUGGUGUAAAAUGGUUGAAACGGGCUGCUGAAAUGGCAGACUCAGCGCACCCGAAUCCCUUGCACGAACUCGCUCUCUUACACGAACGUGGGUUGGAACAUGUGGUCUUUGUCGAUUACGAUUAUGCGGUGGAACUGCUCGCUCGGGCGGCAGAAUUAGGUUAUGCACCGAGUGCAUACAAGCUCGGUGAAUGUUACGAGUACGGGAGAAUGGGAUGCCCUCAGGAUGCAGCAUUGAGUAUUCAUUAUUACAACAUCGCUGCUCAGCAGAACCAUAAAGAAGCCUGUUUCGCUCUUACGGCUUGGUAUCUCGUGGGCUCGCCUGGUGUCUUGCCCCAAUCGGAUACCGAGGCGUAUUUAUGGGCCAAGAAAGCGGCCGAGGCAGGCUUAGCGAAGGCUGAAUAUGCAGUCGGAUACUUUACCGAGGUCGGUGUUGGGACCACUCGAGAUGAACGGGAAGCGCAACGAUGGUUCAGGAGCGCAGCUGAACAUGGCGACAAGCGAGCUAAGGAGCGACUGAAAAAUGCGGCGGGUGGGCUGACGGUAAUUCAGGAUGGCACGAUUAAGGAUAAUAGCAAAGAUGCCAGAGAUGGGGCCGGCGGUAAACGCAAGAGCCGUUCUCCCCUCACUACCAGACGCAAUACGGGCAGUCCCAACGAAAACUCUCUCCCCGUUCACCCUCCUCUUCCACCCCCUCAUCCUUCAUCCGGGCAAGGCUUAAGUCCUAUCGGCGCCGAAAAUAAGAAAGGAAAAGAAGACUGUAUUAUCGUGUAACUUCCGCCCUUUUUUUCUUAUUCCUUAUCUUGUUGUACUUUUUUUUCUUUCAUUUUUUGAUUCUGGGGUUCGGCAAUCAUUUUCUUCUUCUUCUUCUUCUUCAUACAUAUUGAAUAAUUAUUUAUUGAACAAUGGGUUGUCUUUGUAUGUCCUUGAAACUUGAAAACCCCCUAAGGAGUACAACAUUUCAUCUACACCAACAUUCCCCUUGAAUCCAACGCACACAAGACAUUGUUUUCUUUAUUUUUAUUAUUCUUGUUUUCUUUCUCUUCUAGUUCAUUUUUCUAAAUAAAACUGAGAUUUCACUGCACGUUGUAUUCCACUUCACUCCACUCUUAUCUUUGUAUCUUUUGAAAGAAAAGAAAAGAUGAGAAAAAC